CCCGCUCUUCCGUCUGACUGACGCAAGCCGUCCGUUCUGUUCCGCUUAGAGCAGCCUUCAUUUAGCGUCUGCGAGACUACCUUCUGUGCCGAUCAGGAUCAUUCAUGAGAUGAUGCUUGGGAAUGUUUGGAAUGUUCACAGCUCUGUGGAUAUGAUCUUGAAUGAGAAUAGUGGAUCCUAACAAAGCACAGCUAUGCAGACCAUAAAGUGUGUUGUCGUGGGCGAUGGUGCUGUGGGUAAAACCUGUCUGUUAAUCUCCUACACAACCAACAAGUUCCCCUCUGAAUACGUACCAACGGUCUUCGAUAACUAUGCAGUAACGGUUAUGAUUGGAGGGGAGCCGUACACCCUGGGAUUAUUUGAUACUGCAGGUCAGGAAGAUUACGACAGGUUACGACCCCUGAGCUACCCUCAGACAGAUGUCUUCUUAGUCUGUUUCUCUGUCGUCUCCCCCUCUUCAUUUGAAAACGUUAAAGAAAAGUGGGUACCUGAAAUCACUCACCACUGUCCAAAGACCCCUUUCCUGCUGGUUGGGACACAGAUCGACUUGAGAGACGACCCUUCGACGAUCGAGAAGCUCGCCAAGAACAAGCAGAAGCCCAUCACCCCGGAGACGGCCGAGAAGCUGGCCCGUGACCUGAAGGCGGUGAAGUACGUGGAGUGCUCUGCCCUGACACAGAAAGGGCUGAAGAACGUGUUUGACGAGGCCAUUCUGGCAGCCCUCGAGCCCCCGGAACCUAAGAAGAAGCGCAAAUGUGUCCUGCUAUGAGCACGCCCCUUACACCCACCCCCCCUCCCAAAUAACCCCCACCCCAACUCCACCACCCUUGCUCUGCUAAGGCUGAUCAUCAGCUUUGUACCCUAAAGCAAUGUGUGUUAAACAUAGUUUGAUUUUACUCCAGGGAUCGACUCUGCGUACAUCACAGCCAAUGGAAAAAAACUAGUCUCUUUGACGAUCAUCCCAUCAAUGCAAUGUUGUAGGCCUAUUUUCAUUCAAGCUGGAUAAGAAUCCAAACUCAUGGGUGUUUAUUUUUUAUUUGAUUUUUUUAUUGUUUUUUUUUGUUUGUUUUUUUUAAAGGGGGAGGGGGCUGCAGUGACCCUGUAUCUUAGUGAUGUGAUUGGCUAUGGGGAAUUGCUUGUGAUUGUGUGCCACAGCCAGAACACCCACCAACUGAUCAACAGAUGCUGAUGUAAGGUAGUUUAUUAAAAGGAGUGGGGUCAGGUGGGGGGUGUCCAGUCCAUGUAAAAUGGUCGUCCCAGAAAGAGACUGCGCCCAUCAUGACUAAUGGAGUUUCUGCAAUGCCCCCGUCUCUCCUCGAUUGGCUGGACUCCCAGGCCACGCCCCCAGUAACAGGCUUUUGAGUGACAGAGCUCUCAGUUGGAGGGAUUAGCUUGUUUCUAAUGGUCGGUAUGUCUGUCAUCUCUUACCAAAACCAAAUGAUCUAAUGAACUGAAUGCAGCUUGUGCCUUCUAGUCUGCAGACAAGCACAUCUCAUUCCAAAACCUCUCCAUCCUGCUAAACCUAGAAUACGUAUAAGAAUCCCCACCUCCACCCCACCCCAAACCACAACCCUAGUGUUCGGUUGUGGACGUUUGAGACAUUAACCUGAUUAAUGUUAGGGUUUGUCUGUGAGGAGCAUUUUAACUUGCUGCAGAAGUGGGACUGAGGAGUUGAUUAAGGAAGAGCAGGGAACUUCAACAGUGUUAGCAGAACAAGUGGGGGAGUGUUCGGAUGCCAGGGACCAAGGGGGCGUUUAAACCAGCUUGUUAUCAUGCAUGUAGGAAAGCCUCUGGGUUCCUGUGUUUAGGUUAACAAAAUUAAUAAUAAUGUAAGCUGGUAAAAAUCAAUGUUUUUAGAUUCCAGUGUUAUGCAUUUUUACCAAAAUCUACUUUUGUUCUUUUUCCUUUUUUUGAGCCGUUUUUAUAAAGGAUACUUUCACACCUUUCACCAAUUACAGGCUGGAUUACAUCCAAACUUUGAACCACCCGUGACGGAUAAGAAAUAGAAGAUUGAUGCCAAUUGUUUGUUUUCGUUGUUUUUUGUUUUUUUCCCUCCCAACGUGAAUUUGCAAAAUGCCUAUUAACUGUUCCUUUUUUUUAAUUGGCAAAUAACAUUUGGAGCAAAGUUUUUAUUUUAUUCCAGCCUGGUUCAUCAGAAUUUUUUGUUUUUGUUUUGGUGCAGAACCAAAUGCUUUGUCUGAUGUCUGUUCUUUGUAUACGCAUUCUUUUCAAAAAAUAUUAAACUUAUACCUUAUUGGCCUUUA